GGUUCGAAAGUUAUCAGGUGAAAUUUCUGAUUUUUUUUAAUAGGUCAUAUAAACUUAUAAAAGACAAUAGCUUAUAGUUAUAGGAUCUUUAAAAAAAAAUCUGGAAUUUAAGUUUUUGAUUUUGAUCUCAUAUAAUGGACUCUCACUGUGUCGAUAUUGAAAGGAACAUUGAGAGUGAGAGAUAUCAAAUUAUAGAACAAAAAAAUCAAAGCAUGCCACAGUGGGAUACAAUUGGGAUAAAGGUGAUUACGUCCACAUCUCGGAACGCGGCUAGUUCUUCAAGUCCUGCCAAGACUUAUGUAAAAAUGUUCUUGAAUCGAUUAGAAGGGGUUUUAUCCUGGGCGGACCACGGGGAACCGAGAUAUGGCCGGAUUUUCGCCGGAAUUUUUUUCCGAAAUGACGACGUAUAAAGUUCCCUUAAGAUAAGACAGUACAGAAUUGGCCACAUGAACCAAGUUCCGGAACCCCGGUGGAAGGUUGACCAGGACCAAACCAGGAAGAUCUAGCAAAUUUGGAAUAUUGCAUUUCAGACGUCAUGAUUUCAACAGAGCAGGCUACUACAAUUAUUGAAAUAUUUUAAAGAAAUGUUUGUUUCCAAAGGUCAAUAACCGUGUAGAGUACAAUACUUGCCCAACUAUUAUUUGUUGCGUGAAAGAUGCAAUACUUGUUUUUCGUUAUCUCCAUAAUGAUCUAAAUGACUAAAUCGCACGUCACUAAUGAGCUCCAACCAUGAGCAUAAUGUUGUGAAUUUUCGUGACACCAUUCUAGUGCUCGAUUGCACGUGGCCUCGAAAUGCCGUGCAUGAAAACAUGCUGCUUUUACGCAUCGACCCGGCUGGGUAGCAUCGUUAUUGGAGCGUUGACAAUCAUUGAAAAUUUGAUACCAAUGAGCGUCAUCGGAGGCAGCGAUGGCAUCCUGCAAAUGGCGAAGAGAACGCAUCAAAAUAUCGACGAGUUUGAUCAACAGGAGAUUUUCAUGUGGGUUUUGCAGCAAAUGGAGUCCAAUUCUGAACAGGUUUUUCUGUACGUGAUGAUCUUUUUUGCUGUGCAUACUCUUUGUUGUAUUGUAAUGAUCGUUGGUGCUUUCAAGCUUCUACGGUAUUUGCUUAUUCCGUUCAUUAUUUUGGAAUUUGCUAGGCUAACCCUUUUAACAUUAGCUCAUGUGACAACCAUGAUGGUUGUUAAAAAGCAGUUGAAUUUGGGUGAUCUCAUAGCACUAACCAUUGCUGGUGGAUUUGGCCUACUUUUGCUAUUCUACCUGUGGGCAUGCGUUGUUUCACUGUUUCAAAUAAUAGGAAUAAUCCAAACUGAGAAGUAUCAAGCACUAUUUGGGAAGGAUCCGAUUGCACCUGUAAAGAAGGACAUUCCUAAUACUUUGGAAAAAGAAAUCGUCACUCGCUUACAACCUUCUGCACUUAAAGACAAGGAAUACUUUACCUACAAUACAAACUUCACCAAUGAAUACUUUAACGCAAGCAAGCAUAACAUAUAAUAAGA